CAAAAGUACUUGGUGAAAGUUCUUGCAGCAGUUGUUGUAGUGUUUUUUGCACCAUUCCUUGCUCCGUCACUCGUUGUUGCCUCGACGAUCGUCUUCAUCUCGUCCCUUCCUUAUUUUUUUUUCUUGGCCAGCUUUGUUUGUACUGAAAAGCUGAUGAGAAAACUGCUUCCUAAUUAUGCUUUUGGUGGAAGAGGUGAGAAAAUGGUGCUACUCCGAGUCCCCGAGACAAAAUUGGUAUUAAUUUAUGAUGAUGGCAUAGCAAGAGUGGCUAUGAGUGAGCCAAUUUUUGUGCAGGAAGAGGGGACUGCUGCAAUUGCUUCACCCUUGAGAGUGACUAACUUCUUUGAUAGUCAAAGAGAUGAGGAUAGAACUAAUCAAUCACUUGAUAGAGGAAUCUAUGAAAAAGAUUUCAGAGAGGACAACAAAGAUGCUGGUGGUGAACUUAUUCAAGAAGUCUGCCGAUGUCAUAUGUGGAGUAUCUUCCACAGUACCCAUCAGCUUACUGUACAAGUUAAGUUGCUGAGAUUGAGGUUUUUGUGGAUGUCGAUGAAGGUGUUGUAUAGCGAGGAGAAGAUAUGGGCAAAGAUGGAGACAGUAAGGAAGAUAGUCGGAUAAAGUGUUGCCAGAAGCACAACAUAUUCUGAAGAACUGAAGGCACUUUACAUGUUUGUGGGUGUGGAACCCCAUACAUCGCUGUUGGAGAAGGAGAAUCAAGAUAUGGCACAAGUCACUGAGAGACUUUACUUGCUAAUGUCUGGUAUUGGAAUAAAAUAGAG